GAUUUGAUAAAAUAGAGAAUAAGACUGCAUUUAAGUUUUAAUUUAAAUAAAAACAAUUAAAAAAGGGUUAAAACAAGCGAAGCUUACAUACAUUGACAAGAAAGGAGGUGCAUCAGACAAUGGCAACGGUGGAGGAAUCAUCGCAACCUGAGAAAACCCCUGCGCCUGUUAAUCACUCCACACCCACAACAACCCAACCUCAAACCCUAGAUGUAAAACCGUUUAUCGAUUACGCUGUUGGGCAAGCCUUGUUCUACCAAAAGGCCUUCAACGACGCCAUCGAAUCUUCAAUCGAGGCUUCAACAUCUCGUUUUUCUCAAAUCCGUUCAACUUCUUCCGCUCAUUUUCACCAAACAUUGCAUUAUUUGGAUGAUUUUAAGUCUCAGUACGAUGCUUAUGAGGAUCUUUUGUUUGGAAAGAUCAAAGAGGGUGUACUUGUUGCAGCUUCACAUCCAGUUAUUACUUGUGGAGCCACUGCUUCCGUGGGGCUUCUGGUCUUCAAGAGGCCUCGUCGGAUGUUGUACUACAACACUAAACGUCUUUUUGUUAGUGAAGAGUCUUUGGUUUCCAGAGCUAGUGCUGAAGUUAAAGAGUUGCGGCAGUCAAUUGAUAUUUUGAAAUCUGAAGUUGAAAAGAUGGAGAAAAGUGCAUUACAUGCAGAAGAGCAAUUCUUACAUGGAAGGACAAAACUCAGACAAGCAGGAAAGCAAAUCCGAAAUGUGAUUAGCUCUGCAUGUAAAAUUGAAAGACGGGCAGGAGGUUUAAAGGAUAUCCUUGGAGAGCUCCCUAAACGAGAAGCAUCCCACUUUCGGUCACAGGUUUCCAAACUUGCUUCUGAGGCAAAGCGAGAAAAGAAUUCCUUGAACAAGGAGGUCUCUAAAAUUAGCAACUAUGGUAUCUCCGUUUGAGAAAUGUAGCUUCAGCAAGCUCAAAAUUUAAUGUGCAAUCAUUAUACACUUCUUUUUUUCUAGAUGCAUCCUUUGGUUUAUUAUGUUUGCAAAGGAAGGAUGCAUCCUGCAAGUAGAAAGGAAUUAUUUAUAGGAAAAUAUGUGAAACAAGAAAAACACAUUAAGGCUGUAUACCUUAAAACUCAAAAGUGAUUUUGUUUUUUGUUUUGUUUUUCAAUAUACAAAGGUCAAUAGUGAAUGACAUUUCACUACUAAACAUCUGUAUAACACAGUUGAUAAAUCUUAAAGGAAUUAAAUUAUUUUGCAGUGGUGUCAAA